AUGCGCGUGGUUGUCCGCGCCGGGGAGCCAAUAGUGUUUACUCGAAAGACAAGAGCAACUUCAACUCCAAUUCUCAUUCGAGGUCUUCUAGAACUAGAGGUUUCUGAGCCUACACCUAUCACUUCCAUUUCCGCCAGCUUGAUUUGCAAAUGGAGAGUCGAAUGGCCAGGCGGCAUACCUCCGACGUUCAACAAGUUCCACGAGGAGAAAGCAGUAGUAUCAUCUCAAGAUUUGCUUCUCUCCGAUAAAGUACAAGCCCUUCAGCAGAAGAGCAGUGUCGAAGGUCGCAGGUCCAGAUCCGGUGUGUUGCCCAGCCGGCAGGACCGAGGUACUGUUGUGUCUCGGCUGUUCAAAGGCUGGGCACGAUCGGCUUCGGCUUUGCCCGUUCACGACAAUAACAAUUCCAAUGCAACUAGCACUCUCAUCCCCCCAGGGAAGUUCAAAUGCCCAUUCGGAUUUGCCCUACCUCAUGACACUGCGCCAACUAUUCGAGUUGCCGGCCGGGCGCGAUGUAGCUUUCAGUUGAAAGUCGAGAUUCGUCGCCCUGGGCUGUUCAUACCAACGGCAACGGCGUCUUGUCCUCUACAGAUUGUCCUUCUCCCAGAAGUCGAUACAUUGUUGACGAAUGAAUCCGGCGAAGGCGAGCUGUUGGAAUACAACUGGAAAGAUCAUCUAAGGCUUAAUCUAUGUGUGGGCAAUCGCCACUUCAUGAUUGGAGGAUAUAUGCCGCUUUAUAUAUUCUUGAUUCCCCUGAGACAGCUUGCUAUACAUCAAAUAUUAGUUGUCCUGGAAGAAAUAGGUGAAUCCCUAAGGAGACGUAUUGUACCGGUUUCUAAUCCUACCAAAUCAAUUACAGUGUUAUUCCAAACCCAGGACGGCACCGUGCAAGAUCGCGAGAAAGCCACGCACACCCUGUUCACCUUGAGGCAAAAGAACAGGCAUAUACCACUUCUGCCUAUCCCACCCUCUUCUUCCGAUGAGACAUUAAAUACUCUGCGCAAAUACUCUGACCCCAAAGGUGCUAACGCUCACCACCCAGUCGAUCACAAACUCUCAGAUCAGCUCAAGUCACCGAAUGGACCAUGGGAUCUCAAAUACUCCGUUCCUAUCCCUGGUCCGUCGUCGUCGCUUCGCUUCAGCUUUGAUCACCGCCCCCACUUCGUCUUCCAAAUCGAGCAUCGUCUCCGAAUUAGCAUCACAGUCGGCACUUCAAAUGUGGACGUGACUGACCCUGCAUAUUCUUCAUCUGCAGGCUUGAACGAUAUAGAACAUAUUCUUCCGGUACAAAUUUUGUCGGUCAGCCUAUUUAGUCAAUGCGGCCCCGAAUGGACGAAACUCCCAUCCUAUAUUGAAGUAUCGAAUCCCAACACAACCGACCCCUAUGAUUUCAUAUUGAAUAUGAAGAAGGCAACCUCAACCCUUAGGUCUGAUGAGGAAUUCGGAACUUCAUCAGCUGCGGCCACGUCCGGACCCUCUCCCAACGAAUGGGAUAUUACGCUUCGACGUGAUGCCUCUCCCUCUCAUGGCAGAAUUCGGCGAAGUUUACCACCAGGAAACGGAGGAUCACCAAAUCAAACAUUCGAAGCAUUGAGGACUUUCACUGCAUUAGUAGGAGGACGUCAAAGUGUCGACGGGCGAUCAGCACCAAGGUACGACGGGUGA